AUCAAACCAAAAAGCAGAGCCACACGCAUUAUUAAACCACCUCUCCCAUAAAAUCUUCCCAUAUAUAUAACUCCAACUCUUUUCUGAUUUUGAUCAUACGUGCAAAAUAUAAACAACCCAACUGUCUCUUACCAGGAAAAACAAAUUAUAAAUGCAAUAGAAAUUGUAGAAACAAAAACAUCUUAAAAACUUCACUUAAAUAAAAAUAAACAUGGAGGAAGAAGGUGCAGCAGCAGCCCCACCAGAUACGGCGGCGACGCUGAGGGAGGUGGUGGUGGUGGUGGAUGACUACACUUCUUCCAUUGCCAACACUCACCUUCUUCAGUCUAAUGGUGUCACUGCUUCACCAUCAUUGCCUAAUGACCAGUCCAAGGAAAGUAGGGGGAGGUUGCAGACAAUUAUACUAGCAUAUAAAACACUAGGGGUCGUAUUUGGUGGGCUAGUGACAUCACCACUUUAUGUUUAUCCAUCAAUGCCAUUGAAAUCUCCAAGUGAAGAGGAUUAUUUGGGGAUUUAUAGCAUCAUGUUUUGGACUCUUACUCUUAUUGGUGCUGUCAAAUAUAGCUACAUUGCCCUCAACGCUGAUGAUCAUGGUGAAGGUGGGACAUUUGCGUUAUACUCCUUACUCUGCAGAAAUUUAAAUAUCAGAAUCCUUUCUUCCAAACGUGCGGAGUCCGACUCAAGUUACUCAAAUUGUGUCUCGCGUGAAAGCACUGCGAAGAAGUGUAGGCUUGGCAAAUUUUUUGAGAGAAGCUUAGUGGCUAGAAGGUUGCUGCUUUUUAUUGCUAUGUUAGGAACAUGUAUGCUGAUUGGGGAUGGUAUACUUACACCUGCAAUCUCAGUAUUGUCUGCUAUGGAUGGAGUGAGAGCGCCAUUUCCUUCUAUUAAGAGAUCACUGGUUGAAGCUCUUUCUGCAACUGUUUUGGUGGUUCUAUUUCUAUUACAAAAGUUCGGCACUUCUCGAGUCAGUUUCCUUUUCUCCCCUAUUAUGGGUGCAUGGACCUUGUUUACUCCACUUGUUGGGAUUUAUAGCAUCAUAAAACAUUACCCUACCAUUUUCAAAGCUUUAUCGCCGCACUACAUCUUCCAAUUCUUUUGGAGAAAUGGAAAGGAAGGCUGGCUGCUCCUUGGUGGCACUAUUCUCUGUAUCACGGGUUCUGAGGCAAUGUUUGCAGAUCUUGGUCAUUUUAACAGGCGUUCUAUUCAGAUGGCAUUCAUGUUUACAAUCUAUCCAUCGCUCGUUUUUACAUAUGCGGGACAAACUGCAUAUCUUAUCAAGCACCCAAAUGAUCAUACUGAUGGAUUUUAUAAGUUUGUACCUCAUACAAUAUAUUGGCCGAUGUUUAUUGUUGCCACAUUGGCUGCAGUUGUUGCAAGCCAAUCACUUAUAUCAGCCACAUUUUCAGUUAUCAAGCAAUCUGUAGUAUUGGAUUAUUUCCCUCGAGUGAAGGUUGUGCAUACUUCUUCUAACAAAGAGGGAGAAGUUUACUCUCCAGAAAUCAAUUACAUCCUUAUGAUUCUGUGUGUUGCUGUUAUACUCAUUUUUGGAGACGGACAAGAAAUCGGAAAUGCUUUUGGUGUUGUUGUCAGUCUGGUGAUGCUCAUUACCACAAUAUUACUCACACUGGUCAUGAUCAUAAUCUGGAGGAGUCCGCCAUGGCUAGUUGCGCUUUACUUCUUUGUAUUUUUUACAAUGGAAAGCGUUUAUGUCAGCGCAGUUUUAACAAAAAUACCUGAAGGUGGAUGGAUUCCGUUUGCUAUAUCUUUUAUUCUUGCUUUUAUUAUGUUUGGCUGGUUCUAUGGAAGGCAAAGAAAGAUUGAAUAUGAGUUAACUCACAAGAUAGAUUUGGAAAGACUUGAAGUGCUACUUUCAAAUCCAGGGGUUCAACGGGUUCCCGGAUUGUGCUUCUUCUACACCAAUAUCCAAGAUGGCCUGACUCCGAUCCUCGGUCAUUAUAUUAAAAAUAUGAAAUCUCUGCACAAAGUAACUAUUUUCACCACUCUUCGGUACUUGUUGGUUCCUAAGGUUGCUCCACAUGAAAGAAUUGUUGUCAACAAAUUAGGAAUUAAAGGACUAUAUGGGUGUGUGAUACAAUAUGGAUAUGCAGAUUCUCUCAAUCUGGAAGGAGAUGACUUUGUAAGUCAAGUAACUGAUAGUUUGCGUGCCCGCAUUCAAAACUGCCGAGAUAGUUUACCAUCUUAUCCCGUGGAGGUUCAAGAAGAGAUUUCUGCAAUUGAAGAGGCAAAGAUGGCCGGUGUGGCUCAUAUUCGAGGAAAGACGAGGUUUUACAUAGGAAAAAACUGUAGCUGGUUUGAUAGAUUUAUGCUUGCAUUUUAUGAAGUCAUGCACAAUAACUGUCGAUCCGCACUACCGGCUCUCGGAGUGCCCCCAAUGAAACGUACUGAGGUUGGGAUGUUGUAUGAGGCUUGAAUUGAUAUUUAGUUAUGAAAUAUUUAUAAUUAA